CUGGGUACGUCGCGGUUAAGGGGGUCGGAGGGAGGUCGUGGAAACGAAUACAUGCGCAAAAGUUAUAGUCCGCUGAAAACGGAAAAAGAAAAAAACAGCAAAAUCGGCGGAAUGAAGCCGCUAUCAAUCACAAACGUUCCGCAGUUCCGCAGUCCCGCCAUUCCUCAUUCCAUGUGAGCGCACCCUAACGUGUUAGAAACUGUCGCAUCGGUCGCAUCUAGUUAUUUCAUAAGCGUCGGUCUACGGGGUUCACUCGACUGACUACACGGCAACGGCAGCCAUUUCGACGCUCCUCGACGCUCUUUCACGCUCACGAAUUCGCCGAAGUAUACAAGCUGCUCGAUCGCGUUCGCAAAUUGUUAUCGUCGUUUAUAACCAGCGUUCUUCUUCAUGAAACACUCCACUUCGGGCUUUAGAUGACUCGGUGUGUGUGUUAGGUGCCAAGGACAGAUUUGGUCUCUUCGAUGGAUUUUGCACAAUGACAUGGUGCAGUUUACUUUUCUGCUUCUACAUUUCAUUGUCCUUCGCUGAUGAGUGAUUUGCUGCUCGGUCAUCUUUGUUCUCGAUCAACUCUUAUCUUUCGUCGUACGUUUUAGCUGAGAAAGAGAAAGAAAAAGAGAGGGAGAGUAUAAAGAAGAAAGAAGUUUCUAAAGCCUAAAAGAUACAAGUGUCGAACGACCUCUCUGAAAAUGAGCGUCAUAAUAAGACUACAAAAUUUGGCGUGGUCCGCCAAUGCAUUGGACAUACGCCAGUUUUUCAGAGGCCUCAGUAUUCCGGAGGGAGGGGUUCAUAUUGUCGGUGGCGAGUUAGGAGAUGCGUUUAUCGCAUUCAGUACUGACGAAGAUGCUCGACAGGCAAUGAUGCACGAUGGUGGAAAAAUCAAGGAAAUGAAGAUCAAGCUAUUAUUGAGCUCACGCACCGAAAUGCAAAAGGUAAUCGAGGCUGCUCGACAGCAGACUCUGAGUUUGCAAUGCAUCAUGCAAACCGCGCCGGUGACGGUACCGCCUGUGGUUCCUGGCAAAGCACAGCCCGGCUCGCCAACGGACAAGAGAGACAAGGACAACGACAGCGAGUCGAGUAAGGACCGAAAGGACAGACGCGAUCGAUCGAGAUCACGGGAGCGGUCGCGGUCGCGCGACCGCGAUCGUGACCGAGAUCGUCGCGAUCGGGACCGCGGGAGAGACCGGCGACGCCGGGAUCGUAGUAGAUCGCGAGACCGGGAACGCGACAGACGAGACCGGCGUCGUCGCCGGGAUCGAUCCAGAUCGCGCGAUCGCACGAGAUCGCGCGAUCGCGAUUCCAAGAGGAACUCUACGAACGACAGACGCAAGGAUACUAACGAGGACGACAACAGCGAAGUCGUGUGCGUCGGUCAGUUCCACAAGGACAAGGUAUCGGCGGCAGCGGCGGCGGCAGCGGCGGCUGCAGCGGCGGCGGCGGCAGCGGCGGCGGCCACAUCGAAAAAACCACUGGAGAAUGGUGUAUGGGAGGUUCCACCCCAGACGCAGAUGCAAGCCGCUCUGUUGGCGCCGAGUAUCUUGGGAGCUGGCGUCGCCGCUCUGUCCCAGGACUCGGAAAGUCAACGCUUCGGGACAACGCCCGUGAUAGGCCAGCAACCAAUGUUGCAAUCUGGCCAGUUCUCGAUAAACGGUCUCAACGGUGUUGGCAAUCUCAUGCAACCGCACAUGCAGACGCUCGGACACACGGUGGGCGCGAUGACGUCGUUGUCGCAGAAUCUCAAUACCGCCACCAGUCUGCCCGCCAGUUUGGGCGGUCUUGGAACACGUCCCAAAGAUGGUCCCUGGAGUCAGAGCGAACAGGGGGGCAGGAUGGAUCAGACUGGACGAUUCUCCGGCCGGUCGAAUCAAUUCGGUAGUCAGGAAUACGGCACUACCGGCGGCAAUUAUCGCGGCGGUAGCAGGCCGAACAAUCCCUUCCUGAACAAGGUGCAAGAGCUCGAGGGUCGUCGCAAUCCACACGCGUUUCAGUCUGGCGCCUCCAGCUUCGGCGGCUACGACAACGAUCGGCCAACGUCCGGUAGAAAAUCCGGCAACUCGAGAUUCUCCAACGAUAAUAAGAACGGCAGCGGUGGCGGUGGUGGCCACUGCGUGGAAGUGCGUAACAUGCCGUUGAGCGCUACGUACGCGGAUCUACGACACGCCUUUCACGGUAUUUACAUUAGGAAGGACGGCAUGAAAAUAAUCAACGAUAAUCAUGGUAACCGCGUGGGCAUGGCUUAUAUCAAGUUUGGCAAGUCCGAGGGCAAAGAACUCGCGCUAAGCACAACGAGAUACGUGCGAGGCUCCGAAGUGGAGGUACUCGACUUGGACGAGAGUAUCUUCGACAAAGCGGUAAAUUCUUACUCGCCCGAGAAUCGGGAGGACGGUAUCGAUGGUGGCGACGUCAGAAACUCUAUGUGCAUCCUUCUGACCGAUCUGCCCUCCUUCACCAAGGAGAUGGACAUCGCCAAGCUGUUUCACGAUUGGAAGAUCAACGAUCUCUUCAUCACCAAUAGUAAGGAGACCGGCACCACUCAGUACAUGGCUUACGUGCAAUUCGCGCGACUCGAGGACGCCAAGUCGUCGCUAAGUACGCCACUCAAGAUCGGUAGCAAGCAGGUGACCGCGACCGCGAUCAGCGAGGAGAAGUUCGCCCAGGCGAAGCGCGAGCACGAGCAAGCGAGCAUCAACCAAACGGAUUGCAUUCUCAUGCGCGGUUUGCCAUUCCAGACGAUCGACCGCGACAUUUUCGACUUCUUCUCGGACAUUGGCAUCGUACCGCUCUGCAUUCACAUGAUGCUCAAUCAACAGGGCAAACCGGCCGGCGAAUGCUUUUGCGAGUUCGAUUCAGCAGAGAAGGCGGAACGCGCCAUUACCAAAAACGGUUUACCACUCGGCAAAAACAUCCCCACUAUCGAAUUGGUGCCACGCGUCAAGAUGCUCGAGACCCUCGGCAUGAUGGAGGCGCAGCAGCAGACGCAGCAACAGCAGCACUUCCCGCUGCAGCAGGAACAACAUCAGCGACCGCCGCGCUUCUCCGGUCCGAUGGGCCAUAUGCUGCGCUUCGGCAACACCGGCGGCUUCGGACCCCGUUGUCCGCCCGGCGGCUUAAUGGGUAUGCCGCGUCACCACAUGAUGAGCCGCCAUCCACCGUCCAUGGAUUACGUCGAGGGUUUCGGUAAACCUGGCUGCGUGCUGUCGCUCGAGAAUGUGCCCUUCAAGGCGGACAUCAACGAGAUUAUUGAGUUUUUCGGAGACUUUGACGUGAAACGAGAAAACGUGAUUCGCCGCUAUAACGAGAGGGGCAUGCCAACGGGAGAUGCGCGCGUGGCCUUUUCCUCGCCCAGCGAGGCGCAGCGCGCUCUCAAGGAACUUAAGCAUUGCAAGAUGCGAGAACGCACGAUAUACAUGAAAGUGGCGUGAGAUCCAACGUUCCGCCGUGGAGAGGCUGACGACAGCGCGUGAAACGACACCGCCCAGAUCGAAUAUAUUCGCAUCGAGUGCUGCUGCUCUUUAUGUGCGGAACGAACAUCCAAUAGGACGUCUUCUGAGAAUUAACGUAAGAGUUGCUUUUAUACGAGAGACGAAGCCCCCCGUACGGAGAUGCUUUGUAAUGGAUGGAAGAGAGCGAGAGAGAGAGAGAGAGAGAGAGACUGUUUUAUUAAACUCGCGUCGAUUUACGUGUACAUAUAUAACGUGUAGUACAUAAACUUUAAAGGUAAUUUUCUUCAUUCUCAUUUAUUCGUAUUCAUGACUGCCAUAUCGCUCAAAUUAUUUUUUGUCUAUCGUAAUUAAAAGCAUUUAACUGGUUACUUACUGCGUCAAGGACUGUAUUUCCAGCAUGGUCGUAACAUGUCUAGGACAAAAACGUGUUCCGCGUCACUAACACGACGCGGAAAAAAUUGUCCGUACAUUUUACCAAAAGACAUGAAAGAAUGUACAUUAUGAAUAUAAAGAAUUUCAUUAUCUCUUUUAUUUUUAAUACCAUUUUGAUGCCAAAUAAUGUUUUAGUUAUGGAUACGGACGAAGCAGAGUACAAAGUUAAAAAUUUGAAUGAUUGCGGUUUACGUUGCGUUUGCUGACAUGAACUAAUAUUAGACCUCGAAUGCGGCUGGAGAUCAUAAAGAGAGUAAUCUUUAACUCGAAAAACAAGUACAUUGUGUACGUUACAUAUGUCAGAUUGUAUAUACAUAUACAAUACAAUACAUUACAUAUUAUAUACAUUACAUAUCUUAUAUAUGUAAGGUAUAUUAGUAUAACAUAAUGUACAUUCAUGAUAGAUAAUGUGUAUAUUGCAGACAUUAAAUGUAUAUAUAGAUCACGCAUUAUAAUUUUGCGCAAUCGUACGUACAUCUAUCGCGUUUGGACUUGUGUAAAAUAAUGAACAAUACAUUAAUAAGUUUAUAGAUUACGCGCACGAUUACACAUUGUCAUAAACUUAUGUUACGAUAACAAACACUUGAAAAAUUCAAUAAAUUUUUAUUCAAAUCUG